AUCAAUUCAAAUGCCUCCUUAACUGUGUCUUUGGCACAGACUCCUUACUGCAAGAAACAUAGAUAUGAUCCCCAGAAUCCGCUCUGUGCCCACAUAAUCUUCUGUGGCAGUAUUGUAAAGGUGAAUGAUUCAGAAGUGGGCUUAGCAAAAAAAGCAUUAUUCAGUCGCCACCCUGAAAUGGAAAGUUGGCCUAAGGAUCAUAAUUGGUUCUUUGCUAAAUUCAACAUCACCAAUAUUUGGGUCCUGGACUACUUUGGUGGACUGAAAAUUGUGACACCAGAAGAAUAUUACAGCGUCAAGCCUUAUAGUCUACUGGAUGCCAUGUCUGAAGUCAUAAGAUAUGUUUGA